AUGCCGCGCCCAUCACUCGCCCCUCUGGAUUCCCUCCGGUUGCGUGGAAAUCCCGGAGCAGUGGAUUUCCCAGAGGCUCCUCCGGUAGCAGUGCGCAUGCCCCAGGGCCGAACCGAAGGUUUAUUUUGGACCGCCCUUCCCCAGUACCACUCCCACCCCGACGUUGGUCCCAAUCGGAACCUAUCCCAAACAGGGCUGAAAAGAAGAGGGGAGAGACCGGAAGUGACGCACGAGCGCGAGCGGAAAAACAGAGGCCCAGCGCCUGUUGCCGUGGAAACCGAGCCCUCGGCUUGCGUCCCGCCACUGGAAUACCUGCUCUUCCAAACCCCAGAUGGAAAGAACGAAACUGUGCAGCAAAUCAGCAGCCGCAACAAAAAGCCUUCGGAGCUCUUUGUUCAAUGCCUAGCCACCUAUUCCUACAGACACGGCAGUGGAAAGGAAAAGAAAGUACUGACUUACAGUGAUUUAGCAAAUACUGCACAGGAAUCAGAAACUUUUCAGUUUCUUGCAGAUAUAUUACCAAAGAAGAUAUUAGCUAGUAAAUACCUGAAAAUGCUUAAAGAGGAAAAGAGGGAAGAAGAUGAGGAGAAUGACAAUGAUAAUGAAAGUGACCAUGAUGAAGCUGAAUCCUAAACCAAAAAAGUGCUUUAAAAACCAGCCUGGCGAGGACUGCCCUGGACCCGCUCCACUGUCUAUAAGUAAACACAGCACUGCCCGCUUUUAGCGUCUUCACUUCCUCACAGACUUCCAGUGCGUGAUAUUCUUUCGAGGUAUUCUUUCCAGGUCAAGAUUGAGCGCCUCAUGCACCUGCGCCACAAACAGCCAGAGGGAAAGUGACCCAGACAGCAGUCCCUCCUUGACAGGCCCACCCUGCAGCUCAGGCACCAAGAAAGCAGCCGAUACUGGCAGCCAUUGCAGCUCCAAACUGCAGAGGCAAGGCCAAUUUUAACUUUUCAAUUUACAGUCGAUUUUGAAGAACUUCUAUGUAUCAGUUAUGUAAAUUCAUGUAUGUAUAUUUUGGAAUCAGUUCUUAUAAACAGCUCGAUUCAGUUUUAGCUAAAUAUAUAGUUUAUAGGUCGUAUGUUAUAUUUGAAUUUUUGUCUUAAGUUGACUGUUCAGAUAUUUUUCUACUGUAAAGAAACAUACUUUUCUGUUAAAGAUCUGUACAUGUUUUUACAGUAAAAUGCUUUAUGAAACUAGUUCUAGAGCCCUCUGUGGCUUUAAGGCCUUGCUUACUGCCUGCAAAUUUUGAGAAACUUAAAAAUAAGCAUUCUAACACUUUAUUCCCACAGAAAAAUUCCAAGUCAAAUUAUCAAAUCAAAUACAAAAAUAAGUCUUACCUCUUGUAUAAGCAUGUUGUACUAAAAAAAA